GACAAAGCAGUCAAGAUGCCUCGCGGACCUGUUAAGCACCAGAAGCGCCUUAGUGCGCCCUCGCACUGGCUCCUGGACAAGAUGUCCGGAACCUACGCCCCCAAGGCCUCUGCCGGUCCUCACAAGCUCCGGGACUGCCUUCCCUUGAUCGUCUUCAUCCGUAACCGUCUCAAGUACGCCCUGAACGGUCGCGAGGUCAAGGCCAUCCUGAUGCAGCGUCUCGUCAAGGUCGACGGCAAGGUCCGCACCGACACCACCUACCCCGCUGGCUUCAUGGACGUCAUCUCCAUUGAGAAGACCGGCGAGAACUUCCGUCUCAUCUACGACACCAAGGGCCGUUUCACCGUCCACCGCAUCCAGGCUGAGGAGGCCGAGUACAAGCUCGGAAAGGUCAAGCGUGUUCAGCUCGGCAAGGGCGGGAUCCCAUUCUUGGUUACGCACGAUGCGAGAACCAUCCGUUACCCUGACCCCGCCAUCAAGGUCAACGACACCGUCAAGAUUGACCUUGCCACCGGCAAGAUCGUUGACUUCGUCCGCUUCGACACUGGCGUUGUUGUCAUGUGUACUGGUGGUCGUAACAUGGGUCGUGUUGGUGUCGUCACUCACCGUGAGCGCCACGACGGUGGUUUCAACAUUGUCCACAUCAAGGACGCUGUUGAGAACUCCUUCGCCACCCGUGAGUCCAACGUCUUCAUCAUUGGACAGGACAAGCCCUGGAUCUCCCUCCCCAAGGGCAAGGGUGUCAAGCUCACUAUUGCCGAGGAGCGUGACCGCCGCCGUGCCCACGCUAUUGCUCAGUAAACUUACCACUAAAUGUGGUACGGUGAGUGCAUUCGGAUGUCAAGACUCAAGCAUUCUCCACCAAGUCCGCUGGGGAGACGGCGUCUUGUCUCUGCUUUGUGGGCCUGUAUGAUGCCGGUUUAUGACCAAAAAAGUCUUUCCUGCAGGACACAUAAUAGGGUCCAUUCACAGUUCCGUAGGAAUAGAUAGGGAAAAACAACGGGACGGAAGUCUCAAUCUCAAAAGCUAUGAUACCACUUUGUUUCUCAGC